CUCGCUCUCUUGACUCCUCCCGAUCAGCCGAUCUGCUCCGAGCGACAGCCGGAGAAGGAGCUCUGCACUGCGGGUUCGUCUCUGCCGGCUCACCGAGAGCCUGGAGGUGUGUGUCAGCAGGAUGGUGGUUGACUCAUGACGUAUCCAGCGAUGGCGUCCAGGUUCUCGCAGCGCCUGCUUGGCCUCCGCGCCAAACUGCUGCAGCGCUACGAACACGGGCCCUUCGUGCGGUGUCUGUCGGGUCUGUACGGCUGUCGCUGGAGGCGCUACGAGAGGAGCAGGGGUCAGCCAGAAGAUUGCUGCUGCAGCAAGCUGGAGGGAGCGUCGUUCGCCCUGCUGGUCGUCGCUUUCUGUCUGACGCUGCUCUUCCUCUACUUCUGGGGACAAGCAGAGAACGACUACAACGACUUUGACUGGUUUAACUUUGGUCAUUUGGGGUUCUGGUUCCCCUGGUCUGUGGUUCUGCUGGUCAUCUCUGCAGGGUUCUUCACCUACGUCACUGUGCUCAUGCUCCUGGCGGUGUGUUUACUGUCUGAGGGCCAGAAGCUUCAUUUACACUGGAGUCACAAGGUUGGGAUCCUGAUCAGCCUGAUCUUCUCUGUCGCAGCCACUGCGGUCUUAUCCGACCUGUGGGGAGAAGAAUGGACGACUCUGCUGCUUUCCUUCCAGGUGACGGCGCCGUACCUGCACCUCGGCGGCGUUCUGCUGAUGACAUCACUGGGCUGGCCUGUUGCUCUGCACGUCUUCCGCAUGAACAGCAGCGUGAGGCGGGGGCUGAUCGUGGGGGUUUACCUGUCCGUCCUGCUGACCCUCUACCUGGUUCCUCUGGGCUUGUACUCUCCCUGCAUCAAACAGAAAGGAACGCUGGGCCCCGCGCCGGCGCUGAUCGGCCACCGAGGGGCGCCGAUGCUUGCUCCAGAAAACACGCUGAUGUCGUUCGAGAAGGCGGUGGAAGCCGGAAGCGACGGCCUGGAGACGGACGUUGCAAUAAGCUACGACGGCGUGCCCUUCCUGAUGCACGACCACAACCUGCAGCGCACCACCAACGUCCAGGAGGUUUUCCCAAACCGGACCGGCGCCCCUGCUGCCACGUUCACCUGGAGCGAGCUGGAGGGCCUGAACGCCGGCUCCUGGUUCCUCUCCCAAAAUCCAUUUGGGACAGCCGGUUCGCUGCGGCAGGAGGAGCGGCAGCGAGCGGGAAACCAGUCGGUCUGCAGCCUGCAGGACUUCCUGCAGCUGGCGGGUCAGGCUCAGAAACUGGUGAUCUUUGACCUCUACCGCCCGCCCUACGGCCACCCGUACAGCAACAGCUGGAUCCAGCGAACCCUGGAUGUUCUCUACAACGUGUCGUCCAUCCAGUCAUCGCAGGUUCUGUGGCUGCCGUCCGAUCAGAGAUCCUGGGUCCACCAGUCGGAUCCCGGCCUCCAACAGACGUCCGGGACUCGACUCCCUCUAGAGGAGCUGCAGCAUAACAACAUCGUCAGACUCAACCUGCCCUACAGCUCCAUGUCAGCCGAGCUCACCAGAGAGUAUUCAGCGGUGAACAUCAGCACCAACCUGUAUGUGAUCAGCCAGCCGUGGCUCUACUCUCUGGCCUGGUGCACUGGGGUCCACUCGGUCACCACCAACGCCCCCCAGCUGCUCCGGACCCUGGACUCCCCGCUCCUCCUCAUGAGUCCAGAAGAAUACAACCUGAUGUGGAUUCUCACAGACGUCCUCUCCUUCAUGCUGGUCGUCGCCAUCUUCUAUUUUCACAGGUGGCGGGAACGAAGACUGGCUUUCUGCUCGGACCGAGAAGUGAAGCAGGAUAACGACAGCUGCAGGCAAAACAAACCAGAGAUGGGCGACAUCUGGUCAGUCUCCAGCUCAAACUGUCAAACAGAGAAGAUGCUCAACCUGGCAACCAUGACGGAGCCCUCUAGGCAGAGCUGAUCUGGCAACCUCUCACACUGCCAGUUUUCUGUCAUACUGCAACCAAAUCCCAUCAACGCCAGAAGAAAACGCCAAACAUCAAAUAUUCUCAGGUUAAAUUCCGUUAGUGAUUUAUACUUUAAAGGGGCAGUAUUAUGUAAAAGUCAACUUUUUUGAGCUUUCCAUUAUGUUAUAAUGUUAUUCCCUCAUCAAAAUCAUACAUGGAGUGUUGCCUUGAUUAUUUCCUGCAUGCUUGAGAAAUCUUCAAUCUCCAUGGCAACCAUUCAGCUGUGGAAAAUGCCUGGCUGAACCUAGCCCUGCCUUCGAGGCGUGAGCCAGUGAGCCACUGGUAAAAACGUUGUUAAAGGGUCAAUAGAGGAGCCAUGUUGUGAUGACGUCCUGAAGGCGGAGUUUCAGAAAGAGCAGGAGUUUCUUACAGAGGCAGAGGCUCAAUUUCAAGGUGUUAAAUUACAAAGUAAAAUGUAUUUUAAGUCAUAUUUGAUAUACAUAGCCUUUUUACAACAACUGAAGGUAACAUAGUUACUUGGAUUGUGCUAUUAAAUGGCACCGUGUGCCUGGAAAACACGUAAUACUGCCCCUUUAGUUGCACCAUAACAAACUGCCAUUAGCUUUGCUUCACAAUGUGACUGAAAAGAAACUAGUCUGAAAAAACAUCAAUAAACAAUUUAUAUCUGUA